CCUUAGGGCACUUUGAGAAAAAAAAAAAAAAAUCUAUACAAACAGAAAUUGUUUAUAUAGAUCUCUCAAAGUAACAAAAAUGGCGAAUUCUUCUAGAAGAUAUCCUAGUGGACACGUGUCACUUAGAUCGGCGCCUACUGGCCGGUCUGAUGCGACGUCGUUCGCUUCGUACAGCAACUCUACAUUUUAUUCGUCUCCGUCAACCGGCUGUUUUAACCGGUCGACUUCACCGACGCGCGUGAAUCUCAACGCGCUAGGGCGAUCGUGUUCUCCGACGCGCGUGAAUCUUCACGCGCCGGUGAAUUCGUCGCCGAGUGUUAGAUUCUCCAUCGACAGAUCCAGCUCUCCUAGCCGUUCGAUCGCUGUGUCUAAGCAGAUCUCUAAAAGGACGUGUUUAUGUUCUCCUACAACGCAUCCUGGUUCGUUUCGGUGUAGUAUGCAUAAGAAUAUGAAGAAUAAUACGAAUACGAAUACUCAAUCUUCGAUUUCGUAUUCGCCUAACAGAUUGAAUGCACGUAGAUCGGCGAUGACGAACUCGUUAGUGCGUAUUUGUUCAGUUGAAGGUGAUUUGGUGAAGCGUGCUUUGGCUGCACUUAUUAGGCCAUCUUCACAUCAUCAAAGACGUAGAGGUGACUUUCAACCACGUCCUAGCAGGCUUUCCAGAAUGUGCAAAGCAGAUAACAUGUGAAAUGUGAAAUUUUCCGUUUCCAUUGGUUACAGGUUGGUGAUUUGAAGCUCAUAUAUUAACUGAAGUUCAUCUCUUGAGAGUUUUCCGGCGAUUACGGCGGUGACGUCAGAUUACGGCGGCGGUGAUUACUACUCCGGCGAAAUGAAAGCUAUGAAGGACAAUUUUGAUGCAGUAAUGGAAGUAGUAGAAUUGAUCUUCCUUGUACAUAUGGUUUUGUUGCAGUAACUGAUUGCAAUUUGAGGACAAUCUGGACUUUUUUAAAAUCAAUUUAAACAGAUUAAAAGUUAAAAA